GGCUAAUGUCAAAAAUGUUUAUAUUUGUUGCUACCGAUAAUUGCCAUUUGAAUAUCAUAGUCAUUAGGUCCCAUAGUUUCGCCAUGGAAUAGUCGUCCAGUUUCAUAAUAGAAGUGGCAGAAAUAUCUUGAAGCAGUUGCUUUAUAACGACGUGUGUGGCUACCGGUUGAGGUAUAAAUAACUCGUCCAGGAGUUUGGGAUGAAGAAGAACGGUUACUAUAUCUAUUUACAAUAUACUAACCUCUCUCUGACUUGUCCAAUGUAAUAUUCUGGGCCUUCAGCCUCUGGUCGAUAACGUACACCAUUUCACACCCUAGAUUGACUAUUAAAAAAGGCGUCGCAAAGUGUGACAUCGUGAAAUAAUCGAUAGUUUUCAAACAGAUUCCAAUAUGAGCAUUGAUUCUCUUUAUGAAGGCGCUAUAGCCAAACUUACUGCUCAAAACAAGAUAGUUCCAAUAUCACUAAAACUGUUAACAUUGAAAACGAAUGAAGAUAGAGUUCUGUAUGUUUAUGAAAUACUGGAGAACUUAAAAGCCUUUCCUGCCAUUGUAGAUGUUGCAAAGAACGAGUGUGUGUCUGCAUAUUACCGUAACCUUGGCAACAAGUGUUUUCAAAACUCUGAUCAUUAUAAGGCAUGGCAAUUUUAUAAUUUGUCUUUACUCCACGCUCCUUGCAAUACUGAGAGCUAUGCUUUAGCAAUAUCCAACAGAUCUGCAGUGUUAUAUUCAUUAAAAAAAUAUAAUGAAUCUAUUAAUGAUAUUGAAAAAGUGUUAUCAUUGAAUUAUCCCGCAAAUUUAAAGGAAAAGUUAACCAAAAGGAAAGAAUCGUGUCAAAAGCUAUCUGGAGGAAAUGUAAUGAAAGAAGUUGAUGAUUGCAGUUUUUUAUGUUUACAAGAUCCACAAACACCUAGAUUUCCGAGUGCAAGCUCUAAACUUGAAGUUAUUUUUACAGAAGAAAUGGGAAGACAUGUGAUUGCUAAAUCUGAUAUCAAAGUUGGUGAAGUAUUGGUUCAAGAAGAGCCAUACUUUAAGCUUUUAUUGAAGUCUCAAUACUUGUUCGCUUGCAGUUAUUGUCUGUCGAGGGAUUCAAACUUGUUUCCAUGUUCAAAUUGCUGCUUUGCUCUUUAUUGCAGCAAUGAAUGUAAAGAUAAAGCUUGGAGUGAUUAUCAUAUGACAGAAUGCAAAUUGAUGGCCACUAUAAUUGAAAUGCAAUUUACUAAAUUGGAAUUUUUGGCUCUAAGGACGGUCAUAAAAUGUCGUAAUGAUCAUACUGAUUGGAGUGCUUUAUUCAAAACAGUGGAAGAUGCAGACAAUAAUUCUGACACAGAAUAUAGAGGCCAUAUGAAAAUUGAUGACAAAUGGGUGUAUGACUCCCAGUAUUACAGUUCUAUUCACACAUUAGCUUCAAACAUUGACAAAAGAUCUGUUUCUGAUAUAUUUCAGAAGUCAGUUACUGCUGCAGUUUUCCUUUAUAUGCUCAUCGAAAAGACUGACUUUUUGAACGGUGACAAUAAAGAUGAGACUGAUAAAAUUAAGAAAUUAGUAGGAGGUCUGUUGCUACACCACACAAUGACUAGCCCAACAAAUAUGCAUGGUAUCAGUACAAAUACAGCAAACAUUGAGGGUAACUUUGUAGAUGAGUUUAGUAUUGCAAGUGCACCUUAUGCUUUCCUCAGUCUCAUAAAUCAUUCUUGUGCCCCUAAUGUUGUGAGAUUCUCAAAGUUGGGCACCGGACAGAUGUUCCUGUUUGCACUGAGACCCAUUAAAAAAGGAAUGCAGUUAUUUGAUAACUAUGGAGCGCAUCACGCAAUAGAAGACCUUUAUACUCGUAUUCAUCACCUCAAGUUUCAGUACAAAUUCACAUGUCAUUGUGAGGCUUGCAUAAACAACUGGCCACAGUACCUAUUCACGAGACCUGCUAAAAACUUGCCAAGAAAAUUGAAGAUUCAAAAGGAGAAACUCCUCGAUGGAAACGCAAUAGAUAAACUCCAGAAAGCAGACAGAGCAACUGCAGAAAAAAUAUUUAAGCCUUUAUGUGAACUCGCAGAGAACUUAGAAUCGUAUGCACCAUGUACAGAGUUAGCUGAUUGUCAAGAGUCCUUGAAACAGUGCCUGGAGAUAUUCUUCGGCGUUGUGCCUUAUGGUUAUAGUCAACUAGUAGACUGGAAAGCAGUACCUCCAAAAUGUUAAGGCCGUUAAUACGCGACGGUACCCGACGCCGCGGAAAUACGCGUCGCGUGGCGUCGCCAUUCAAAAGUCUGUUUCGGCCAUAAAACACAAUUAAAAUAUCUUUUAUUUAACUUUAAGGUUUAAGAUUAAAAAAUUGUUAUCAUAUUUCGUGCCUUAUUGAAUCUAAUAGUUGUUAAGAGACAAAUUGGAAUAUAUUUAAACUAUAAGAGAUAAUGUUAUUUUUGUAAUACUUUAGAUUUUUUAAAUAAUGUUAUCAAGGAAAUUAAUUCCUUUUGUUGUUUAUACUGAUUACAGUCAGUACUUUGGUACCUACUUUUUUAAUUUUAACAUAUUUAUAGAACGAUCAUGUAACGGCCAGUUGAAAUUUAAUCCAUAUUGUGCUAGUAAUAGAAUUCAUAUUCUCAUUAUGUGGUUUGAGGUGAUGUAGUUUAUGUUGUGGAAGCUCUCUGUGGGACUUUUAUUGUAAAUUUGAAAGAAUAUAUAAUAUUCAUAUAUAAGAAUAUUAAUAUAUAAACAUUAUUAUCAAAAGAAAAUAUAACUAGAAAAAAAAAUCCACGCGGACCAGGCAGCAGACGGGACUCUAUAUAUAUAUAG